AUGUACGGACACUCCGAGCCCAUGACCAUGCCCAACCCGAUCCCCGCCGGUGGCGACGACGAUGCCGCCGGCCCCGGUGUCGACUCCAUUGAGAACGCUCACAUUCACUACGAACCCCAUACGCUCGAGGACGGCGGCGUCGUCGCCGUCGUCGAGGAUGUAAGCUCCGACCCCGUCUACGACGUCGGUAGCUCCGAAAUGCGUGCUCAGCCGUACGACGGCUCCAGUCAGCUCACGCUCUCGUUUCGCGGCCAGGUCUUUGUUUUUGACGCUGUUACGCCUGAGAAGGUUCAAGCAGUGCUAUUACUGUUGGGGGGCAGCGAAUUAUCUUCCGGUCCUCAAGGUGCGGAGUUGGCAUCUCAGAAUCAGAGGGGUACAGAAGAUUUUCCCAUACGAUGUAGUCAGCCUCACAGAGCAGCGUCAUUAAGUAGGUUUCGUCAAAAGAGAAAAGAGCGAUGCUUUGAUAAAAAAGUCAGAUAUAGUGUCCGCCAAGAAGUUGCACUCAGGAUGCAGCGUAACAAGGGGCAAUUUUCUUCUUCCAAAAAGUCAGAUGGAGAUUAUAGCUGGGGUAAUGGCCAGGAGUCAGGGCAGGAUGAUAGCCAUGCAGAAACCUCCUGCAAGCAUUGUGGAAUAAGCUCAAAGUCCACACCAAUGAUGCGGCGUGGGCCAUCUGGUCCAAGAUCUCUUUGCAAUGCUUGUGGGCUUUUUUGGGCAAACAGGGGGACUUUGAGGGAGCUUUCCAAGAGAACCCAGGAUCAUUCUGUGACUCCAGCUGAGCAGGGUGAAGCUGAUACUAAAGAUUUGAACAGCGUAACUGCCAUUGAUGCACACAACAGUCUUGUUCCCUUCUCUAAUGGUGAUAGCUCAGCUUUAGUUGCUGAACAGUAG